GUUUAAUAAUAUGGCAACUCAAGUGUUCGACCACAUUUCUCAUGUAAACCUGCGAUUUUUUGUUCGCCUGUAUUUAUAACAGCGAGUGUUUAUGUCGUAAAGUCGGACGUCGGGAUAUUUAUUUAACAAGUACCUACACAUUCAGAAUGGCUUCUUACACAACAUUGAAUGGCGAUUCGCCGAGGAAUGGCGACAUCCAAGAAUUGGAAAUGGAGGAGGAAGAGGAACAGCCCGUGGUCCAUUUGGAGUUCUUUGACGAGAUCCUCCAGACGCACGUCCUCAAAUCGCUGAACAUGAUGAGAAAAAACCGAUACUUCUGUGACGUUAUUCUUCACGUAUGUGCCUGACUGUGCCAAAAACAGCAUAUUUUACGAGUUUCAAAUGAUCACUGAUUUCAAUUCAUGCCUUACUCGAUAUAUGCCUUCCUGAAAUAAUGGCGUUACAUCUCUCUUUACACCAUUGUCGUUAAUUAGAUAGUAUAUUAAUAGGAAAUAAAAAAUGUGGCUCGGUAUUUGGGUAAGUAAAUCGGUCACAUUGUCGAGUCGAUCUAGAGCGAGAGUGUAUUUGUAUUUAAAAAUAAAUCCUCAUUGUCGGGUAACACCCACGCCUCGGCGUAUUUUAAGUUAAUUGCCGAAUUUCGAGUAAACAUGGUGUUAAUUGCUUAGCUUCAUUUAUUGAUCGGGGUUUGUUGUCGCGUUGUACUUGAAUAAUUCAAUGUAAAUGUUCGUGGGGUAAUUGGAGACGUGCGAUAUUAUUUCAAUGGAAAAUUCACGGAACUAAUUCAGUAAUAUGACGAUUUUUUCGCGUGACUAUUUGAAACUGUAAAUAUGGGUAUUGUAAACAGUCAGUUACACUACUGGACAGCUCUAAAAUCAUCAAUUUUCAAAUUAAUUUUACCAGUAGUGAGUAGUUUUUAAGUAAAUUAACAUAGUAGUAGUUUAAAUGAGAUAUAUCGAAAGAGGAAUCGUUUUUGUUUGCAUGUAGAAAAAAUUGUUACUCUUAAGCCUAUAUAGUUGCAGUUUGCGCUCGAGACCAAAUCGAUUAGGUAAAAAAAUUACUUUUUUUCUAUGACACAUUCUUAAUACCGGAAUGCGUUUAAACUUUUCUGUUUUAGAACGAUACGUGGUAUUAGGGUGACGGUAAUUUAUCUUUUUUUUUUAUCAUUUUUACGUUAGUUUUUAUUUUCUCAUGAUCAUCUUGUUUCAUCAAACGUAUCACUAAAAGCCUCUACGAGCGUUACAUUGUCGUUUUUUUGCCGUUUAGGUUGGUAACACCGAAAUCCACGCUCACAGAUCGGUGUUGGCCAGCGUGUCACCUUAUUUGUUCGAAUUAUUCACCACGGACCAAGACCAGAAGAGGACUGAAAACAUCAUGACCUACAAACUAAACGGCGGUUUCGAUCCGGCCGCGCUUCAAAUUUUGAUCGAUUACGCUUACACCGCCAAAUUGCAAGUCCAUUACGGCAAAGUCAAAGCGGUGUUUUUGGCCGCGAACAUCCUAAAAAUGGACCGAGUAAGCAGAAGCUGCGCCCAGCAUCUCAUCAUACAUCUUUCUACGGAGAAUUGCAUCGAAAUCAGAUCGCUACCCGGCAUAGCGAAGAAUAAAGAAUUCAUACAGCAAGUUGAUGCUUUCAUAUCCACUGAGUUUCAAGAAAUCAGCAAAACCACCAACGUUCUGAACCUGUUCUGUGCUCGAAUAGAAGUCCUGAACCAAUCCAAGGAGGAAAUGUCGUUCGUGAACGAGAAUUCCCUCUGCAGAUUGGUGCUGGAAUGGAUCAAGCGGCAAAUAGCCGAAGAUACGCUAAAUAUGUCCGAUCUAUUGGAGAAAACGUUCAUGUUGUACCUAGCCAUCGAUAAUUCCCUUCAAGACUGUUCAAGAGUUCCUUCAGGCGACAUAAGCGAUACGGAAAUCGUCCAAGAUUACAAGAAAUUGUCGUUGAAAGACAAACAGGGAGCAACAAAACACAAAAAGAAGGUACUGAGCCAACCUUCGAAACCUCGGGUACUAAUUUACAACAGAGAAAUCGGCGAGGAAUUGGAGAGCGAACUGGAACCCGACUGGAAUCUAAUCGCAACAACGUCCAUCAGCGAUCACAGCUUCCUGGCUUUGGUCACAUUAGCGGGAAAAUUGUCGACUCUCUCCGUUCAAUUAAGAUUAAAUACCCCGUCGACUCCAUCGCCCGUACAAACGCCAGAAGCUAGCAGAUCGGCUAGCGAGGACAAACCUGACGUUUACUGUGCAGUAGCCAAUAUGUCUUGCCAACGUUGCGCUCUCGGCUGCGGGAAUUAUAAUAAUACCCUCAUUGUUUGCGGUGGUUACGACAGGACCGAGUGCUUGAGAUCGGCCGAGCAAUACAUUCCAGAGUCGAAUACGUGGAAGAAUCUUCCGGCGAUGAGAGAGAGUCGCGGUCGAUUCAAGAUCGUCGUAUUGAACGAGAAAGUCUAUGCCAUAGGCGGUAGUAACGGAACGACGGAGCUGGACACCGUCGAAAUGUUGGACUUCUCGUUGGGCAAAUGGGUGAAGUUGCCCAAAAUGCCGUUGGCUCGAAGCAACAUGGGAGUGUGCGCGUUGGGAUCGCGUAUUUAUUGCAUCGGCGGUUGGAACGGUCAAUUCGGCAUCAAGCAGUGUCACGUGUUCGAUCCGGAGACGGCAGUUUGGUCGUCUAUAGCCCCGCUAAAUAUAGGUCGUUAUCAAGCCGGAGUCACAUCCUACAACAACUUUAUUUACGCAAUAGGCGGAUCAGAUGCUUGGAAUUGCCUCACGUCGGUGGAAGUUUACAAUCCGGAAGAUAACACUUGGCAGCAAUCCAAGCCUAUCAUUACCGGUAGGAGAGGUUGUGCUUUAACCGUGUUUAACAACAAAUUAUACGUUAUCGGAGGAUCCGAUGGUCAACAUUCCUUGAGUUCCACGGAGGUUUUUGAUGAAGAAACUCGAUCCUGGGUAUUUGGGCCGUCGAUGAAUACUCCGAGGGCUAAUAUGGAAGUUGCUGUUGUUGGUGAUAGGCUCUAUGCUGUCGGUGGAUUCUCAGGAAAAACAUUCCUGAAUACAAUCGAGUAUUUGGACCUGAAAUCGAACGAAUGGACGACGUUUGUACCAAAGGGCACGUGUGAUAUGUUGAGCAGACGGAAACCGAGAAGUCGCAAAAAUUCCAGGAAAAGCGUGUCUGAGGAAAAGAGCAAGUCCUCGUUGACUUCCUCAGGUACGCCGGCGGAUAUUAUCGAAAACCCCGUUAUGUCAGAUGAAAAUUCCACGACGGAAAAAGAGGUGGAUGAUGAAAUUCCAUAA